UCCGUCGCGGCGGGCAGGAUGAGCUGAGGGCAGCCCGAGCCGCCGCCGCAGCCCGGCACAGAUGGCCAGGUGGCUAAAGGACUACCUGAGUUUCGGGAGCAGGAGGCCCCCCCCGCAGCCCCCCAAGCCCGACUACAGCGAGAGCGACAUCCUCAAGGCCUAUCGCGCCCAGAAGAGCCUGGAUUUCGAGGACCCUUAUGAGGACAGCGGCAACGCGGAGCCCAGCCCCGGGGGGUCUCCCAGCAAGGGGGCCGGCGCCGAGGGGGGCAAGUUCCCCUCUCCCAAGCACAGGCUCAUCAAAGUGGAGUCCGCCGACCUGAGCAGGAGCAGGGCUCUGCUGGCCACGGCGGACGAGGAGCCCGCGGGCAAGGUGGACACCGAGUACUCAGACCCCUUUGAUGCCCAGCAGGAGCUGCGUGGGGAUGGGGAGGCCGAGGCGCUGCCCGAGAACAAUGGCUACGUGGAGCCCUAUGAUGCCCAGCGUGUACGGGUGAAGAAGUCCCGGAAGGGGCUGCAGCUGUACGACACCCCCUAUGAGGAGCGGGAGCGAGACGCCAAGGACAAGGGCCGUGAGAGCCGCCUGCCCCAGGACGACGAGCGGCCAGCAGACGAGUACGACCAGCCCUGGGAGUGGAAGAAGGACCACAUUUCCCGGGCCUUUGCAGUGCAAUUUGAGAGCCCCGACUGGGAGCCCAAGGAGCACCGGCACCCACCCCAGACCCUGGCAGGCAGUGCCAAGCCCAGCCGGUCGCAGAGCCCGGAGCGCAGCGCCCCCAUGGCUGAGCGUGUGGACCCCUCGCUCCCGCUGGAGAAGCAGACGUGGUACCACGGCUCCAUCAGCCGGGCGGACGCUGAGAACCUGCUCACGCUCUGCAAGGAAGGCAGCUACCUGGUGCGCAACAGUGAGACCAGCCACCGCGACUACUCCCUGUCCCUCAGGAGCAGCCAGGGCUUCAUGCACAUGAAGUUCACUCGGACACGGGAGAACCGCUUCGUGCUGGGGCAGAACAGCGCACCCUUCGCCAGUGUGCCCGAGCUCGUGCACCACUACACCACGCGGGAGCUGCCCGUCCGGGGUGCCGAGCACCUCUCGCUGCUGUACCCCAUCUCUGUGCAGAUGUUGUGACGCCGGUGCCGGACACUUGCUGCUCCCUGCAACUACUCGGCCUGUCCAAGGGGCUCCACCCCAGUCCUGCAGCUCCUGCCACCACGCAGCUCUACCCUGGUCAUGUCCCUCCCUCCCCAGCCCCCUGCUCCAGCCUGGGAGGGGACCCACUGCUGUGCCCCCUGGGAAGGGAUCUGCUUGAUCCUGGGAGAACUUUAUCCCACCAGAGCCUCCUCCUUCGUCCUGCACCAGGUGGGUCCAGUCCUGGGGUCUCAGGAGCUCUGGGUGUCCCUCCCAAACAGGCCCCAUGUCCUGUCCCAUGGUUCUGCCCCCCCAUCCUGGGAAGGCUUCAAGCACAAUGACACACAGAGCCUGGGGGACCCUAUAACUGCCCCCAGCCAGCCAGCCAGCCCCACCGCUGUGUGUGCACGGGUUUGCCUCCCAUCCCCACCCCACUGUGUGUCCUCUGUGCUGGUGCCCCCAUCAUCCCCACCCCACCGCUGCACCCUUCUUGCCCUGGCCAUUAAACACCAGCCAGCCCCGCACCCAUCUGUGACUCUGCCUCUGCCCACCUGAGCCUCCAGGGGCCUCGCCUGAGCCCAGCAGCAGGACAUGCCAGCUCCCACAGCCCACAUGGGCCCGGAGCCGGCACUGUUGCGCAGGUGAUUCCAGCACCCCAGCCCCUAUCAACUUAUUUGCGGGGGCAUCUGAAUUUGGCCCAGCACUGCCAGGCUCCCAGCCCCUGGAUUUGAACAGACGGCCUUGUGGGGAAGGACAUCACAGCUGAGAGCCAGGAGCUGCAAGAAGGUCCAGAGGGGAC